AUGGGUCGAAAUUUUUUUGAGCUACUUUACUGUGGAAACCAUUUUAUUAGAACCAACAAGUUUGCAGCCUUCUACCUGAACUCUAUGUUUUAUCACUCUUCAAAAGACGCUCCCAGCCUGCAAUGGUAUCAGAAUGGGUUUCUCAAGGUGAAAGAGUUGACCCAUUUGCUAGGAAAUGUGGAUGAAGUUAAUGGUAGACUUGUUGAUAUAAAGAGCAAUUCAACCUUUUUUGAUGAUGACAUUGAGCGUGAAAUGUCUACCUUCAAGUCCCUUGUUCGUGAGUUUGUUGGGUCUGCAAUUGUUCAGCACAAAAUGAAACAUGUCCAGGCCUCUUUCAUCACAAAUGCAAAACAUGAAUCUUUUACCCCUUUUAGUAAAGCAACUGAAAGAGAUCCUAUGGUGGUUGACUCACUGACCAAAGUGAGCAACUUUCUCAAUGUUUCUGCUCAACAAAGGAAGUUGGUUCGUCUAAGAGUGUGCCCCCAGGUUACUCAACAUCGCAUAUGGACUGGUGCACUUAAAGAAGUUCUGAAUGAUUUUGCAGUUGAUUUGGAUUUUUUGUCUUCUCAGGGCUUAAACAAUGAUAUUUUGUUAGGUGGCCAAAUUGUUCAUAGCUGUUUGAAGUUUCUUACUGAAAUUGGUGUCUUUUCAGACACCGAGUCAUCUUCUUGGAUGAAGCUUUCACCUUCUAAAAUGCUUGCCUCUGACCCACGAAAAUGGGAAGAUGUUCUUAUAAUGUUCAAUGAUCUGAUUGAAUGCUGUAAAAAGGAAGUAAGGUUGAAGUUCCAUGUAGCUAAAGCUGAGAUCAUGAAGGAGGGGCUUUUGCACAUAAGGGAUGUUUCAGUUGACAACAGUGUUGGAUACAAGGAAGCUCAGCAUCAAGAAAGCCUGGUGAGGAAGAAGCUUUCCAAAAUGUUGGGUCACUCCUCUCGUUGCAUAUUCACUCUAUUACUGUAUUAUCUCUAUGGAAGGGUGGUGGAUAUUGAAGUAGACAUGCGUGGUGGGGUCUAUGCAAAUGGAAGUGAUGGCAAGUUUUGCUUGUUUAUGGGAAGAAUCUUGUCUUCGGAUAGUGAGAAGAUGGUUGGGCGAGGGGUGAAGCAGUUGGACCGGGCACUUGGAAUUUUCAAGUUUGUGUGGGAAAUGGCUGGAAUGAAAGGGCAUUUGGACUUGCAGGGCCAUAUGUGGUGUGUUGGAGCAGACAGUAGGGUGCUUAGGUAUAGAGGUAACACGUACUUUGUGCAUGGAAUUUGCCUUUGA